AUGGCCGAGCACAUGAUGAUGUCCAUGAGCCACGGUGGCACCGGGCUGCAGAGCUACCGCAUGGGAGUGAGCGGGCUGCAGGGACCCCCGCAGCACGGGCAGCAUGUGCUGAGGACGCUGCCUGCCGCCGGCCAGAUGAUGCCCUACGGAGGGGCUGGCAUGGACGGUGCGAUGAGGCCGAGACCCAACCUCAGCGCACAGAUGGGACACCACCAGAUGCAGAACGCGAUGAUGUUCAGCGGCCCCGGGCAGCAGCAGUACAUGGGGCCGGUGGGCACCCAGCAGCUAAUGGCCAGCAUGCACCUACAAAAACUCAACACCCAGUACCAGGGGCACCCACUAGGCAUGAGCAAUGGGCCCAUGGGAGCUGGAGCCCAGCAGUACAGAGUGGGACCCAACCAGCACCCAGGCAUGCAGCACAUGCCCUCACCGGCACUCAACUUGAACAUUAUGGACACUGAUCUCAUAGAUGAGGAGGUCUUGACAUCCCUUGUGCUGGAACUGGGGCUGGACCGGAUUCAGGAGCUGCCAGAGCUAUUCUUAGGACAGAACGAGUUUGACUUAAUUUCAGACUUUGUUAGCAAACAGCAACCCAGUGCCAUCAGCUGUUGAGGGGCUUUGAGCUCCUCCUUGCGUCUUGGUGGUUUUGAGUUUGUUUCCAACUUCCUUCUCCACCUACCAUCCUCCUCCCUUCCCCUGCUUUGCCCUGUCCUGGAUUCCUGACCUCCCCCAAAGACAAUCAUCGGACACUGGUUUGCAAUGGAUUGCUUUUCUCUUCCGUGUGGCUGUUCUGUGCGGGAGCUCCCGGGCAGGGUAUGAGUACCCCGGACAGAGAGCAGAUCAAGAGCUCUUGCCGUAGAGCUGCCUCUAAAGGGCACUAACAGGAUUUCUGGCUUAAGCAGGAAUAAUGGAUUUAUGACUUUCUACAAGCAGGCUUGGGGAGCAGGAAGCCAGGGGCAGCUGGCAGCCCUGCCAGUAGCUGGAUUUGCUCAAGAAUUCUGUGUGGGCAGUGAAGUUAAAGCAUCCCCCGAGAGGGGAUUCUCCCUGGUGCACGGUUUGAACCCUUGCAGACGUGGGUGGGGUUGGAUACUUGUUGGGACCUUUUUACUCUGACAGUAACUAGGUCUGGGGUCUGGUGCGUUCAGCUGAGAAGGGGCAGCUCUCCAGCAGGCUGCUCUGUUUGAACUGGCUGAGCAAAAUAAAGCCUGGAGCAGGGUGUGCUGCUGGGCCUGAGUGCUCUCUGUGGAACUUCAGCUCUCCAACCUGUACAGCAAAUCAACUGUAACAAUUUACAAAGUGUUUUGAGUUUCAUUCGAGCAUAAAGCUUAAAGCUGCAGUCUAGCUCCACUUUUCUUCCCCUCUCUGAAACCAAAUAAAGACCAUGGAACUGUAUAUUCCAGAUCAAAUCUUAUUUAUUUUCCUAGGAUUAUUUAUUGGCAAGGGCUCCUUUUGUUAUUUGGCUUUGGCACUGCUGGGAAGGAUGCAUGGAGAAUACUGCAGCUUUAAGAUGCUGGCUUCAGUGGGAAAAGAGGGGAAAAAAAUCAAGGCUGGGAUGGUUUUCAAGCUGUUCUGCAGACAGCCACUCCAGCCCAAGAGCUUUCUGCUGAAGGCACAGGGCUGUAAAUCCAACACCUUCCUGAACAUGAUAACGGUGACUCGAUUUCUAACUCCCUUACUCGGAGAAGGUUAAAUGUAAAAGCUCAAGGGGUUUUGUUUCCUCUGCUGUCUCUUGUUUCCAGGCUCUGUGGAAAGCUCCUGGUAACUCCUAGCUCCUGCUGCCCCCUGCUGCUGCCAGCUCCUGGCAGCUGCCACUCAACAACCCGGCGAGAAUGUACAGAUGGAUUUGCAAA